ACAAUCCCCACAAGCUGUAUCACUACAUUUUUGGUACGAUAUACAUUGACAGCAUAAAUAAUUUCUUUUUACUAGUUUACAUUUUUCUUCAUAUAAUCGCAUCAUACUCGGAACACACUCACAAUCUAUAUCGGAAGAAGCUCAACUGUCAGCUCUGUUUCGGAAAUGGCAUACACCGCUGUCAAUCGAAUUCCCUACCAGAAACUCAAACAAGAUAGCAGCUACUUCGAAGAUGAAGAUAUUGAUUUAAUACACCUGAGAGAAAAGGUAAUUGGGCAGCUUAGGAGAAAGCCGUCUUCGUUCAGAAAAGUGCAUCUGAGGAAGCGAUUGAGGAUUAAGGUACCCAGCUUGAAGAAAUUCUUAAGGAGAAAAUCUAGAUUAAUCGUGGCUGCACUGGAUAAAAUUUUGAAGAGGUUGAAGGAAAGCCAGUCACAUUUUGGGGAUCUUUUUGCUGGGAAUUACAUGUUUAUGCAGGUCUCUCCGACUCCAUUGAAAAUUUGUGCCCAAGAUCCCAAAUCUCUGUAUCUGAAAACUGUCACCGGAGCUGAUUACCUGCCUAAUGGAUUCUCAUCAGUAGGUUCCGCUAGGUAUUACGAUUAGUAGUUAUCAUUU